CUUCACAAACCCAUCAACUAACUGCUUGUCGGAGCCCGCGAAAAACAAUAAACACAUGCGUUGUUAUAUGCAAUGCAAUAACAUUGUUAUUAUAUUUGCAACUACUAUGAGCUAUUAAUGUGCUUCGCUACGUUAAAGUCAUAUUGAUUAAUUUGAUUUCGAAAUACUGUAGGUGGGCGUAUUUCUGAUUCCCAUAAAUACAACCAGGAAGUUACCCUGCGCCAUUAUGUCGACUGCACAACGCUUCAUUUCUGCGCCAUCGUGACAGCAUAGACUUCGGAAAUUGCGCUUAAAGUUAAAAGAUUACACCGUCAACAUCGUUGAACUAUUCUUCAAGUUAUCGAAAAUCCACUGCGUUCUAUCUGUAUCAACGAUUUUGGACAGACUUCCGCUCCAGACUUUACAAUUUAUCUACGUACAAAUAGAUUCAAGGCGAACGUCGACGCGUUAGGUAGCUAACGUUAGCUAGCAGUUGAUAAUUAGUGAUAGGAACUAACGUAGUUAGCCAGUUGACUGGACCGACGUCGAGGAGAAAAAACAAUUAGAUAUCGUUGAUGUUUCCUCCCGCAACCCCUUCUAGGUACUUUGAAUCAUGUUGGGCGAUUCAUUAAGUAAUCAUAUCGAACCAAAUCUGGACAACGUUGAAAACAAUAACCCGUCAAUGUUAACUUCUCACCACGUCGGAGCCACCCUAAGUAAAACAAGACAUGUACUGUUGAAGAAAGGUGGACGACAACUCCGUUCCUCAACCUCUGGGUUGCAACGGACACACCACCAGCAACCGCACCAAAAACAGCUGAGAAAUAACCCCUCGCGCCUUGCAGACAUAAACAACAACAAUGUCGCAGCCUCGAAGCCCCCUGUGCCAAGUGCCGAACUUGCGACCAACCGGGCCCAGACCGUGUUGACCCUUCACCAUCUCAAACAGGGGACAAAGAAAGAGCUGCUGAAGUCUAAAAGUGGAAGACUGGAGAGAACCACUCCUCCAGGGGGCCAGUCUGUCCACAACCCCAGUAGACAUGAUCAAACUGCCCACAAUUUAAACCCCCGGAGCCAAAGGAACAGGCAUGGCAUUGCAUCUGGCAGUGCUCCCUCUGUAAAGAAAAACAACAGCUGCCACCCGAAGCCCCCCUCUGCUCCCUUUCAGCUUCUCUGUAGCGAGAAGCCCUUUAACUUGGCAGACAAUGUCAAGACGGUGAAUGUAUCCUCAGCUGAGCUGGCACCUGAGGAGGAGCUUCGAGAUGGAGAGAAAAUCUAUGCCGGUGCUAAAUUCAGCGAGCCCCCAUCUCCAAGUGUCCUGCCUAAACCACCUAGUCAUUGGGUUGGCGAAACUGCCCCCCAGCCUUCCGACCACAGCCGGGAGCAAAUGACUUUUCAUUUGAAGUCACUGCUGAAGGUACAAGAUAAACCGUGAUCAAAGUGGAUGGAACAUUUCAAAACAACCCUUUAUCUGACCAAUGACAAUUUGGCACUAAAUCAUUCUGAAAGAACUGGCAAUGAACAGCAACCGAAUGUGACACUUUUUGAUCUGUAAUACAAUUUCAGUUUUGAGCAAGCGGCCUCGUGUUUUUAGGAUUUCUUUUUUUAUGAACUUGUGUAAAUGUAUAUAAUGUAAACAUGUAAUAUAAGUGUAUAUUUUUCAUGUUAUUUUAACAGAAAGUAUAGUUUUGUUACUGAAGCCUAAAAAAUAGAUUCACAGAGAACUGGUCUACUUGUGUUCUAACACUGGGCUGCAUUGCCCAUUGGGGCGCAUUAAAUGUAAGAAAGAUUCUUACAAAUUUGCACAAGACUGAAAACCAACACGGGUCCGCAUAGUGACAGUCAAACCUAGAGUUGUGAAGUUCUGGGGUUCUGUGAACCUCCACCCAGCCUGAAAUGCACUGCAGAAAGGACCCACGAUCUUCAUGAAACUCUACUAGGAAGGUCAGGAAGAGUAUGACCUCAAUCCCGGUGUCCGUGACAGUCUGGGGUAGAUGGGGUGACAAUGUGAAAGACUCCGUGCGAAUAAUGUCUCGGAAACAGCUGCAGGAAACAGACAUUCAGCACUGAAUGGGUGCUCUUGCAAAACUCUAGCACUGAUGCAUUUCUUAUUUUUUCUCUUUUAUUUUUUUUUACUGGUUUGUAUUUUUUCCUUACAAGACAUUUGUCCCUGGGUAACUAGUGCUAGUUGUUUACUCUAAAGCACUGAGAAUGAUGUUUACUACAAGAGAGAUUUUCAACAGUUAGAAUGACAUGUUGAUCUUUAUUGAUAUGUAAUGUCACGCCAUUGAUCCCUAACCUCUGGAGCCAGGCAGCUGCUACUUCCUGUAACUCUGUCACACCCAAUGGAAUUGUAUUACUGUACCAAAGACUGAUGGAUUUUGUUGCAAAAAAUGUUCAAAGGUUUAUUUUAGUCCAGUGACUAAAUUUGUAUCCACCUUUUAGAAAAUACUCCCACCUUUGCCAUUUGAGAAAUGUUUUAAAAUGUAUGAUGCUUUUCAUAACUAAAUUUACAUUAAAAUAUUGUCUACCCCCAA